UGCUUAUACUUAUAAUGCACUAGUUAUCCGAAUGAAUUGAACUUUCACGUUAUAAGGGUACCGCGUCCAGAUGUACUUCAACUGAUCCUCUCAUCCAUGCAUACUUCUUAAUCCAAGUUCCUUCCUCCUCAAUCUGCGCUUCACUACGCAAGAUGAGUACCAGUGACCUCAGCUCCCCUUCUCCCGCCGAAGUAGAGAAUCUCGUGGUUCUUUUCGUCGGCUUCGCAUUGGCAACUUUCCUAUAUGGCUUGACAUUCUUUCAGAUGUACAUCUAUUUUUCUCGAUACUCGAACGAUGAUAUAUGGACAAGAGUCUUGGUCGGGGCACUAUUUGUCCUAGACACCACGUCAACUUGCCUAGUAUCUGAGCUAUUAUAUCACUACCUGAUAACAAUGUUCGACGUCAGCAUGGAUGUCCUAUAUGCCACAACGACUUUUUGCAUACAAGAUCUCCUUUCGGUCAUUCUCACUCUGAUCGUACAGUUGUUCUUCGCUCGUCGACUUUAUACUGUUUGCGGUGGUCCUUCGAGUAUCACUUCGAGAGUCGUCACAGUGGCAGUGUUUUUUUGUGCCUUCAUCGCCUUUGUGUUCGGCCUGACUUCAGUAGGGCAGGUUUUCAAGCAAAGGCAGCUGUCUGCAUUUGCGUUGCCUCCUAUGGCCAUUGUUGCUGGCAUCAGCCAGGGCUUCGCAGCAGUCACGAACAUCAUCAUUGUCGUUGCGAUGUGUUGGUCAUUGCGUCCUGCACGUUAUCCGGACAUGCACGUGCCUGAGGGAGUGAUAGACAAUGUCGUUGUGCUGUGUGUCGGCCGUGGCCUCAUACUCGCGGUCGUUCAGCUGGCCUUCCUUGGCACGUUUGUUGCAGCACCAGGAAAACCAUACUGGAUAGCAUUCCAGAUGAUAUCAUGCAGGGUUUAUGUGAACACUGUCUUGGGACUCUUGAACACCCGGGAAGUCAAGCAUGGCGUUGGUCUCAAUGAAGAAGAGACGUUGUCUGAUCGACAAGAUUCGCGAAACGAGGGUAUACCGAGUGCGCUCCGCUUCCGCAUGCCAUUGAGCACAAAGGCGACCCAGCAGUCGGUGAGUUUUUCGCGACAGGAUGAGAACAGCGGAGGCAGCGAAAUCGAGGAAGCAAGCAAAUCAUACGGCGACGACGAGAACUUGAGCUCCGUUCGUUCUCGGUGUAGCGAACAGCCCGCAUAUGACAAGGCUAGUUUGUCAUGAUGCGGGAUUUGCGAUUCGCCAGUUGCAUGGUCUAUCAAUAUCAUUUGUACUAAUGGUCGCUCGCUGUCGUGCUUCUCGCACUUGCUUUCCUUGCUUUCUUUCGCUUUCGCUCUCACUUGUAUCAUAUCGCCGUCGAUUCAACAGUCGAAACAACGCAUCGCGGAUCCAUCUACCUUGGUCACUGCAGGCGCGGACUUGGAAGGAAGAACAUGUAU